CAAACUUCUCUAAAGGAGCAGUAGCUGACAGAUUGGGCUAUCGUAGUGCAGCUUGUUUGAACCUGUCAAAUUCUCGUACAAAGCUCAAGAGCAGCCUCAUCCUCGGAAGUAUAGCUUCUAGUGCCCGCGCUUUCAUCGUAGAGCCAUAUGCCGAAACCAUGUCGAACACGAGAAGAGUGCACUUGUCCUCGUGUAGUUUCCUUUACGCGCACCUGUUCUGGGUGUGGUCCUGGGUGCUAUUCGCGUUCAUCGCGCCGCACAAAAACACAGUCACCACAGCCUUCGCCCUUCGCGCCGCCGGAGCCCGUGCCAGCGGGGCGGCUCGCGGUGCCACGCAUCAGAAGAAGCACUUUUUCACGUACAAGCAGCACUUGCCGCUGCUCAGUGCUGCAGCCACCGUGCUUACCGUGCAGGAUCCGCAGGAUAGCGGCGGUAGUAGUACGGGGAAACACGACCAGGAGACCACGCAGAGCCAGAGACAGGUGGGAAUUAUAGACAGCAAGAGAGACCAGGACCACGAAGCUCCAGGUGCAGGGACGAGGACCACGACCUCCACUUCGCUCCAUUAUAACAGGAAUCCUGGGUCGUGUGCGUAUGAUGCAACUUCUUCUGCCCGUCGCUUUUUUCACAAAAAUCGAACACCCGGCAAAGCGGCCGGCGGUGCCGGACGAGAAGGCGAAGCUAUAGUGGAUGAGCUGAUCUACCGUCUUCCGGCUCAGCCUAGUGCUCAGAACCGUCUGGCGCCCUCGUACCGGCAGCUGAUCUUUCCGAGUCCUAUGGAAGCGAUACGCCCAAGAACCGGAAAAAUCACCAACCUCGCGCACUGUUCGACUCUUCUCGCCGCUGCUAACAUGGUGCUGCGAGACACCGACAUCGCGCAGAGAUCUACUGGUGCGUCAUCGGGAUCAUUAUCCACAGUAAAUUUCCCGUAUACGUUGUACAACAAAUGCGGUCUGUGCAUGACAAAACUUGGCUUCGAUUCUAGUUUAGCAUGACAAGUUUGACGCUCCAAAUUGGCGAAAUUUGUGAUGCAUCUUCUGCAUGUGCGGGAAUGGAAAUUUGUCUUGCAUAAUCAUCGUCGCCCACGUCGUUCUUAGAGACCGUGACUGGCUGGCGCUCCGUGGUCGUGCCAUCUUUGAUGCCCGGUGGUGGUGCGGGAGGGGCAUCAGGUGAACAUCAACCACAAGUGCCGCAGCAUCACAGUCUGGCCGCAAAGACGGGGGCAACACCAACACCAACAUCUUCUAAGUCAGUGGAGGUCGGCGCUGAGGCAACAUGUAGCAUUCAAGAUUGUCUCCAAGAUCAACAGGAUCAAAUGCUCGGGGCGGAUGAAGGCCUGCAAUUACCGCAACCUGAUCAUGCUGAACAAAAGUCUACGUCUACCAGCUCAAGAUCUUCUCAAUCUCAAACGGAAGCGCAAGCGGCAACGCCACGUAGCAGUUUCACUGAAUCUGGAGAUGUGGAGAUGUUGCAACAGGAACAAGAUCAAAGCAAAACAGACGGCGCGGAAAGACAAGCUCGUCCCCGGAGCAGGGGCGGGUCCGCAAAAAUGGCGGUUUUGCACUUACAUCUCAGGAAUUCGGAUUCAAGUUCUUGCAUCAAGAAAAGCGAAGAUGCCGUCGAUGGAAAGACCGAACCUGCCGAUCCGGCCAGAACAAAAGGAGACGGUUUUAUAAUGUCCUCGACCUCAACGCUUGAAGUUGAAACAGAAAUUCCGACUGUACAAGGGUUAGGGUUUGCAGCUCCGGAAGUGCCUGAGAAAGGCGAGCGUCAACGAUGUACCUCUCCAGCAAGAAGAAGCCAAACAUUUUUGAAUCAAGGAAACAUCAAAGCGAAGUCAGCUUCUACUGGGGACGACAAUGACGAAGGGUGGACUUGUUCUGGAUCUGGAGGAGAGACUACACAAACCGCAUGCAGUAGUGGGAUCAUGAGGCCAGCACCUGCAGGCACAUCAACAUCAAGUCGAAGAGCUGUACAGCAGGGAGCUGCUGCAUCAAGCCCGAAUAACGUCGUACUGCUCGAAGUCCGCGACCUUGUCGCCGCAUUCCAGGCGUGUCACGACCACGAUGUGCGCGUGUUGAAAAUUCCGUUGGACGAUAUUACGACUUGUACAAGUGGAUUUCUAGCUGGGGACACCAACGGAAGUUUCUCGACUGCGUUUGGAGGUGGAGGAGGUCCAACCUCUACACCGCUUGCAACAACUACAGAGUCUGGAUCCGCGCACGCAGGGUCUCCUGCAGCUGAGCUUGACAGUCUCGAGGUGGAAAGCUGCAACCAUCACGCUGCGGAGGACUACUUUUUCGAGAGCGCAGCGAUUUCUUCUCGAACCGCUCCCACCUCUCCUACUGCGUCGCACUUUCGCCGCGGAGAUGAAUCGUCCAAGUCCAUAAAAGGCUGCGCUUCUUCUAGCAGCAGCUCCAACAAAACUACGAGACCAUCGUCCAUUGACCACCUGUAUUUCCAACUUGAUCAGGGCUUUUUUUUGGACGCCAGUCCACCAACAAGGGCGCCGCAGUAUAAUGACCGCGCGGUCGAACAAGCGAAUCUUCCUUCCGGUUCCGACUACGCCAAGGAUCACUAUAAUUUCCCGCCGGGUCCUCGUGAGAUGAGGCCGCGCGACACGACGACGACCACCCGUAGAAGUGCGACGCUGAGGACCUCCUCCUGGCCAGAUGACCACGUAGUAGAACGAGACGGUGACGAACAGCUAUCGCCCUCUAAGACGACCCGGAGUCCUGGUUUCUUUUCUUAUUUCUGUCACCGCGUCUGCAAAACAAAAAAAAACGAAUCUAGCAAUCAUGCCAUAUCUUUCGAUAGCACAACUAGUACGCAACAUCAGCCUACUUUCGGAGUAGAAGAACAACCCGCAGCACCUUUCCCGCCGAUGAUCACUGAAGAUGCAGAGGAGGGCUCAGCACCAGCAACCUCCAUUGCAAGAACUUCUACCUGCUGCAAAAACAGGAACAUGAAACAUGGCAACGAGAAGAAGAGCAUUAACAUGCUCAUGAGCGGACGCGGAAGCGAUAGCAUGACCGAGCCGUCAAAACAUGACUGUGUGGUUAAUUUUCAUCACGAUGGAGAACUACACGACGACCAGGACGAGCGGGAAAAGAAAACUCUGCAGAUUUUCCUCCAUCAAUGGGUGGAUCCUGUGCUAGGCAGGCUUCCUUCCGCGCCCUGCCGCCCGCUGGAGGUACAGUUUUACUACCGUGGAAGGCUCGUGCGGAAGUUGGAUGUGUAG